UUGUCUGUAUCUGAGACAGUUGCUGCCAUUAUUCUGAUGGGUCUGUCGGAAUGUCUCGUCAAAUCACCGUCUUGGUUAUUGGCGCAGGAAACCGAGGGAAGAAUUAUUCUUCCUAUGCUUUAUAUUACCCGGAUCGCAUGAAGGUGGUUGGCGUGGCUGAUCCUCGAGAGAUCGUCCGUAAAAAACUACAAGACGCGCACAAGAUCCCAGCGGAAAAUGUCUUUGACGACUGGAUUGCCCCUGCGGAACGGGAAAAAUUUGCCGACGCUGUGAUUAUCACAACUCCGGACAGACUCCAUAAGGCACCUGCAGUAGCUUUUGCACAAAAGGGAUAUCACAUCUUGUUAGAAAAACCCAUGGCGGUGACGGCAGAAGAUUGCAAAGAGGUUGUUCGGGCCUGUGAGAGGAAUCAUGUUAUCCUUGCCGUGUGCCACGUGCUCCGUUACCAUCCAGUCACCCUGAAGAUCAAGGAAUUGCUAGAUGCUGGCUUGAUUGGCGACAUUUGCCAUAUUCAACAUCUGGGACCUAUAGGUUUCUGGCAUUUUGCCCAUUCCUUUGUCCGGGGCAACUGGAGAAACGAAAGCGAAAGUUCUUUCUCUUUAUUGGCUAAAUCCUGCCACGAUAUCGACCUGAUCAAUUUUUGGAUGGGGAAUAAAAGAUGUUUACAAGUUUCCUCUUUCGGACACCUCUUGCAUUUCACAAAAGAGAACAAGCCUGAAGGAGCUAGCACUCGCUGCUUAGACUGUUCGGUGGAAUCAAAUUGUGCCUAUUCUGCCCGGAAGAUCUACCUGGAGCGUGCAGAAAAGGGUGUUUUUAACUGGCCGGUCUCGGUGGUCUGCAGCAACGGGGGGUCUGAUAUAGAAACGCUGACCGAAGCCUUGCGACUCGGCCCGUACGGAAGAUGCAUUUACGAUUGUGACAACGACGUCGUCAGCCACCAGGUGGUCAAUAUGGAAUUUGAAGGCGGGGCGACGGCUGCGUUCACGAUGGUGGCUUUUACGGAAAAACUGGGGGAGCGAACCACCACCAUCUAUGGAACCAAGGAGAAUGAUCCGUCUCGCAUAAUGACGAGCGCCGAAGAGACGCUCCGUUCUCACCUCUUGGUGUUUGCAGCCGAGAAAGCCCGAAGGGAAAACCGGGUGGUGGUGAUAGAAACAGGAUCCGAAAACUCGCACCCACAGCCAGCCGAUGCACACGACAAAUGACUACAAAACCCCUGCUGGGCUGGCUCAAAGCCCCCUGCGAAGCUUCUGAAGUGACUUUCUCUGUGACUACUGCGCCUAUCGUCCACUCACCAAGGAAGACCCCAAGACGGGGGCUGCUGCCGUCUCAAAUGUCCCUAUUUCAGAAAAAACAUUUUUCUGUUCUUAAUGCUAGAUUUCCGACUGCGGGAAAAUGCAUUUCCUUCCCCCCCCCCUUGAAAAAGACAGCUACAUUUCUGCUUGCAGCUACCAUACACCUUAUUGAAAACUGCAGAAAAUUAAA